AUGAGCGACAAUCCUAGUGUCUUAUUUGUCUGCGUUCACAACGCUGGCCGCUCUCAAAUGGCUGCAGGCUACCUCACUCAUCUCGCGGGCGACACAAUCGAGGUCCGUUCAGCCGGUUCCGCUCCGGCCAGCUCUAUCAACCCUAGAGUCGUGGAAGCAAUGCUUGAAGAAGGCAUCAACCUUGCCGACCAGAUACCAAAAGUCCUUACCGCCGACGCCGUCCAGCGCAGUGAUGUUGUUAUUACCAUGGGCUGCGGUGACGCUUGUCCCUUCUACCCGGGCAAGCGAUAUCUUGAUUGGAAGCUGGACGAUCCCGCCGGUCAAGGGCUUGAGGCUGUACGACUGGUUAGGAAUGAAGUGCGUCGUCUGGUGGAGGAACUUAUCAAGGAACUUCGUCCCUCCCUGAAAGAAUAG